AUGUGCGGCAUCCAUGUCGCCAUUUACACAGCUGGACAAUGUCCCAGACCGUCGGCCGCCCUGGAACGUCGGCUCCGGAGUCGUGGCCCUGAUUACCUGGGCACAGUCACAACUAACCUGGGCGCAAAUGACGCUGUAUCGCUAUCAUUCACGUCGACGGUGCUUUGUUUACGGGGGGAUCACAUGACGAAGCAGCCGCUAGUGGAUGAGACGACUGGCUCGGUGCUCUGCUGGAACGGAGAAGCUUGGAAGAUCAAGGGGGAGAAAGUCCAAGGUAAUGACAGUGAGGCUGUUCUGUCUUUGCUGAGCGUGGCCAGUCGCCGCUCCUUGGAGGAUGAUGGAAAAGGCGUGCUUGAUGCGCUUCGUGAAGUUGAAGGCCCAUUCGCCUUCAUCUAUUUUGACAAACCCGCGAAGCGUCUGUACUACGCACGAGACCGUUUAGGACGGCGGUCUUUGCUGGUACAGCCUGGAGAGCCGUUUCUUCUGGCGAGCAUUUCUGACUCUCUGACAUCUGGAUGGGGUGAAGUCGAACCAGACGGGAUAUACACAUUGCAAUUCAACCAUCAGUCUAUUGCGGUGGAGGACCUUGUUCUCACCAGACACGACUGGGUUGAGGACCGCUCACUAAUAUCAGGAAUCGGCGUCUUCAACGGUUCCCUCGCAGUGGAGUCCUCUCGUCUCACCAACAAGUCCAGCGCUGUAGCCCAACUGCGUCAGCUUCUAACCGAGUCUCUCCAAUUGCGAGUGUUGCACGUACCCACACCACCAAAGGCAUCAUCCACAGAUGCCAGAAUUGCGGUCCUGUUCUCCGGAGGGCUGGAUUGCACCGUGUUGGCUCGUCUCGCAAGUGACAUUUUGCCGCCGGACCAGCCUAUAGACCUGCUUAAUGUUGCCUUUGAGAAUCCCAGGCUUGCAGCCCACAACAAGGGUGCGUCUCAGGACGAGCUCUUUGAGUUGUGUCCGGAUCGGAUUACAGGAAGGAAGUCUUUUAUGGAACUCCUCGCUGCUUGUCCCUUGCGAAUAUGGCGUCUAGUUAUUGUAAACGUGCCGUUCUCACUGGCCACGGAACAUCGUUCCGAAGUGAUUGAAUUAAUGCACCCCCACAACACGGAGAUGGACCUCUCCAUCGCCUACGCCCUCUACUUUGCCGCAAGGGGCGCCGGGCUUGGUCAAACCAGCCUGGAUUCGCAACCAGAACCGUAUGAAACCACCGCUCGUGUGCUCCUCUCUGGUCUGGGCGCAGACGAACUCUUUGGUGGCUACAUUCGGCAUGAGACAGCAUUCAACCAUCACGGCUACACUGGCCUCAUCGACGAGCUCAGACUCGACGUAAGCCGUCUGGGGAAGAGAAAUCUCGGACGAGACGACAGGGUCAUGGCCACCUGGGAGCGAGAAGUGCGCUUCCCCUACCUCGACGAAACUCUUGUAAAAUGGGCCAUCGAGCUCCCUGUCUCCCAAAAAUGCGGUUUUACCAACGAUGACACAGACGACAGCCGCAACGGGACGCCUGAGCCGGGCAAGCGAGUGCUGCGCCUACUUGCUGAGGAGUUGGGCAUGAGCGUCGUAGCAAGGGAGAAGAAACGUGCUAUCCAAUUUGGUGCCAGAACAGCCAAGAUGCAGAACGGCAAGGUCAAGGGGACGACUCUGAUUUCACCCUGA